AGUUUCAAUGAGGCAGUUAAAUUACAUUCAAAUUUGGGGAAAACAGUAAGAGUAUUUACAGGUAAUCUCAGCGAUAACAGUUGGUCCCGAUACCAUAUAAAAGACAACGUCGAACGUCAGUCCUGCGGACGGACAGGAGUAAAUCAACGAAGAUGAAGGGAAUUGAGAUUUUCGCAGUUUUGAUGGUGACAUUAAUUCUCGUACACGAAGGGCUUGGUGCUGCUAGUACACCAGGAGCAGGAGGGAGUGGUACAGGAGGAGGAAGUAGUUCUGGAGGAAGUAGCUCCGGAGGAAGUGGUACAGGAGGAAGUGGUUCUGGAGGAAGUGGUUCUGGAGGAAGUGGUUCCGGAGGAAGCGGGUCAGGGUCUGGUUCUGGGAAUGGAACUGCAGGGAUAACUGGAAGUGUGAUAUUGACUUUGUUAUCACUUUGUUUCUACUGUUUCAUGAAAAUAAGAUAGGCUGUAUUAUUUUGAAGCUUUGCCGAUUUCUAUAUCUAUUCAUUGUGAAGAACAUACUUGAUAUCAUGCAAAUUUUGAAAAGGAGAUUCGACUAAAAACCAAACAAACUAAAUACAUGGACAAUUUUGUGCAAACACCAUAUGUUGUAGUGAUCUGCGUAAUAAAUUUUUCUUUCUGAAUUCAUA